UUCUUUUUUACGGUAGCAGAAGUUAAGUUAAAGAAAAUCGCGCCCUCUGGUGGCGAACUACAACAGCUGCAGUUUCAAACGCUGCCUAAAAUAUGCUCUAUCCCUUUAAUAAUAUCAAAACAAACAGAAAACUUACUUUGCUUUGAUUUAUACACACAUAUUUCGCAUUUAGUGAAGUAAUCAACAAGAUGUGAAGAAUUUGAGGCAUAUAAUGAUGAGGUUUCGUUUUCUCACACUGGCUGAUUUUUUUCUGGAUGGUCUUUAUCUGCAGACACUCCUCCUCUUCCUCUCCUGCUGCUGCGGUGGGAUCUGCUUCUCGGACCAUGGCGCUGCGCUCUGAACACUUCACUGUAUACGUGGCGUUGUGUUUUCUUCUUGUAGCAUUAUGUACCGUCACUGUAAGAGCUUCCGGAGGUAGCGGAUCUAAAGUUUUGUCUCUUUUGCAGCCGUAUGACUUUCUGUAUUACAGCGGGGUCCGCGCUUAUUACGGAGGGGAGUGGGCAAAGGCUGCAGAGCUGCUGGAGAAAUCCAUCCAGACCAAGGAGGCUCUGCUGAGAGCCCGCAGACAGUGUCACGAUGACUGUGUGGCAUCCGGAACCAAGGCUUUCAACAAACUGGACUCAGAGGAGGGCAGCAUGUGGGACCUCUGGGCUCUGGACUGGAUUCAGCAAAAAGCCGAGUGUCUGAGGUUCUGCAUCGGACGCUCCGUCGCCCCGACGGGACAACUUCCUGUUUCUAGUGACAUCGAAUAUGAAUUCAACACUCGCAACCCCUACAACUUCCUACAAGUCACUUACUACAAGUUAGAGAAGUUGAAAAAGGCGGCGUCUGCAGCUCACACGUAUUUCGUGGCCAACCCAAGUCACCUGGAAAUGAGGAACAACAUCGAGAAGUACAGGCGCAUGGAGGGAGUGACGGAGGACGACUUCCAAGACAGAGAGACUGAGAAACAUUGGGUCCUGUACGAUGCAGCCAUGCAGCACGAAGCGUCGUCCGACUGGCUGCAGGCGGCGGAGAAAUGGCGAGCGUGUGUGAAUGAAACUCUGUGGCGGAUAGACGAGUGCAGGGUGCAGUGUGAGGUUUCACCGCAGCUGCUGCCCGAGGACCGCGGAGUGGACGGGGUGGACGGCGCCUUCGAAAAGGCUGCAGCUCUGUCCCUGUCCCUCCUCUCAUGCCGGCAGUCCUGCGUUACUCAGGUCGCCACACGACCCGGACGGAUUUCUGCACAGGAGGAUUUCUUACCGACUCAGCUUGAGCAUCUGCACAUUGCACAGUUUAAAUCUGGCGAUGUGAGUGGAGCGCUGCAGACACUUCGCUCCUUUCUGCUGUUUUACCCAAAUGACAGGGACUCCUUAGACAACCUGCAGCUCUACUAUGCGACACUAGGGGGCGACGCCGAGUCACACGGCAUCCAUCCAGCUCAGGAAAUUGCCAAAUACGUCAACCAGUCGUUGCAGGAGAAGAGCCUGUUGUAUUUCGGUGUGGAGAAUCUGAACUUUACUUUCACGGACCCGGAUCUCUGGACUCCAGAGGAUGUUGUGCCUGAAUCUCUCAGGAAAAACUGGAGAGCAGAAAAACAGGUGAUAAAUGAGAAAAUAAAGGAAGGAGAUCAGAUAGAAGAAGUGGACGACAGCGGGUUUUAUGCAGGGGGUUCGGUCCCACAGGUGGGAGUGACCAUAACCAUGGACGAUGACGCUCUAAACGGGACAAACCGGGUCGUUCUGGACGGAGUCAUGACUGAGAAGGAGUGUGAUAAAAUACUGCAGCUGGCAACUGUCGCGGCGUCGCUUGGCGACGGUUACAGAGGACGGCGGUCCCCGCACACUCCUCAUGAGACGUUCGAGGGUCUCACCAUCCUCAGGGCUGUGAAGCUGUCCCAGGAAGGACUGGUGGACCAGUCAGACACCAGAUUGCUCCAUGAGCUGGGUGAGAGAGUGAGGACCCUGCUGCACUCCUACUUCAGGAGUCCCUCAGGGCUUUUCAUCUCCUUCACACACCUGGUGUGUCGCAGCGCCGCUACGGGUGAGCAGGAGGGCAGGAUGGAUUUGUCUCACCCCGUUCAUGUCGAUAACUGUCUCCUGGAGCCAGAAACCAAACAGUGCUGGAGGGAACCGCCUGCCUUCAUACACAGAGACCUCAGCGCCAUUCUCUACCUGAACGACAACUUUGACGGAGGAGAGUUGUUCUUCACUGAGCGAGACGCCAAAACAGUAACAGCUCGAGUUAAGCCCAGCUGCGGUCGACUGGUGGGCUUUUCGUCCGGGCCGGUGAACCCCCACGGCGUGACAGCCGUGACCCGGGGUCGGCGCUGCGCUCUGGCCCUCUGGUUCACCAAGGAGAAGCUCUACAGGGACAUGGAGCGAGAGGAAGCAGAGGCCAUGUGGGCCGCCGACGGACAGAGCGCGUUGAAGAAGGACGAGGAGGAGGAGGAGAAGGAGGGCGGCGCCACUGUGGGCCGCAACGCCCGGAGCCACGCGCCCAAAGAACGGAGCAGAGGGAGAAACGCUGUAACGGGCCGCAAGGACGAGCUGUGACCAUCAGAAGAGACUCUCAAGACUGGAACUUAUUUUCACCAUUCAGUUUCCACUCAAGCAUCUCACGCCAUUUGUUUUUUAAUUCUGUGUCCAAUUUGUGCUUUACUUAUGCUGUGAGCGAUGGAGAGCCGCCGCCUCUGUGAUGUCAGUCUGUAUCGCUGCUCCGGAUGCUUCUCCGACCAAUCACUGAAUUUGAAAAUGGAAAGAAUAUAAUGUGCAUUAAAUGUGACUGUUUACCAGCGAAGCAUGAGUGCCACAUGCCAAAUGCACGCAAGAGGAAAGAGGAUUACAGACGGAGAGAGAGGUUAGAAACGGUGGCAGAGAAAGGCCAGGCUAAAAAGAUCUGCUGAGCGAUUUACCUCCGCCGGCCGGUUUUAUUCUGUGCUGAAUUUGAGGAAAAUGAUGAAGUUUGACUGACAUGAGCGUGACGCACAACACUCUGCUAACAAAAAACAACAAAAAACCAGGAGAGAAAUGUUGGAUAGAGAGGGAGAGAGAGAGGUGAGCGAGGGUAGAAAAAAAAGGAUAGAAAUAGAGAGAUUACUGUUAAUCCCUUAUAAAUGAGUGCAUUUGUUUAUUAAGCUUAAAAAGUCUCCCAUUUAGAAUAUGGAUUAUUAAUCCAAGGAGAGAGCACUUAAUCAUACACAUCCAGUGGUGACAGCCGGCCGGCUUCCCACUGCAGCCUCAUCGUUCCCAUUACAACCAGUGCCUCUUUGCAGCCCAUAUUAACACUCUGCGCUGUAAUCCGACACAAAUUUGGGUCGACCGGCUCCUUUAAUGUAGUUUUAACCCUUUCCUUUCCUCGCUAUACAAAACGUCGGGGUUAAUCUCCUCCCAGGCAGGUGGCAUUAGGCUCCCGACUGCCUGGUGCUGCGAUCGCGUCCACGUCCAGACGUCUUCCUGCUGUUUGGGGUUUCAGCAGAAAUUACAUGAAACUGAAAUCAGAGCUUCCUGCUGUCGGUCUUUUCCUCAAAAUCAGGAGCUCUGCUUGGUUUUCUGUGAAUGAACCGACUCAUCUGGUUGAUUGUCUUUGAUUUGUUUUUAGAUCUACAGAAGUAGAUUUACCAUAAGCACGAGGUUUGGUCUGGAAAACAUGAAAAUAACGUUUAAAAGAAUAAAAUUUAAUUUAAAAAUUGCA